ACUGUUGUUGCAAAUUGCUGCCCCCUGGGGAGUUCCUGCAAUGGGCGAUGCUUGGCUGCUCUGCCCCGGGGCGAUGUCCCUGGCGGUCGCCCACCUGCCGACGUCCGGCGGCGGGACGGUCUGGCGGAGGGGGUGGAACUACCAUUCCCGGCGUGCCCGGCGGCCGGCGCGCGUGCGCAGUGGGGCGCCAGUCGGAGCGGGAGCGGGAGCCGGCGAACUGAAGAAUUGUUGAGUGAAAGGAACUUUUUGAGGUGUGCAAGCAAAGUAACUUGCCUCUAGCUCCAUCCUUUACCUUGGAGGAUUAUCAGUCCUCCUCCUUGCAGACCAUCACCAAGAGUUUAAUAUGGCUGUGGCCUUGAAACAAGUGUUCAAUAAGGACAAGACUUUUCGUCCCAAACGCAAGUUUGAACCAGGUACACAGAGAUUUGAAUUGCAUAAGAGGGCACAAGCAUCGCUGAAUGCAGGUCUGGAUUUGAAAGUUGCAGUUCAACUCCCUUCAAACGAGGACCUCAAUGACUGGGUAGCUGUCCAUGUGGUGGAUUUCUUCAACCGUAUUAAUCUAAUUUAUGGAACUGUAUCUGAGUUCUGCACUGAUACCACGUGCCCUGUAAUGUCUGGAGGACCUCGGUAUGAAUACAGAUGGCAAGAUGAAAAUAAGUACAGGAAGCCUACAGCACUCUCAGCACCACAAUACAUGAGUCUCCUUAUGGACUGGAUUGAAACCCAAGUGAACAAUGAGAACGUAUUUCCAACCAAUGUUGGAACCCCAUUUCCUAAGAACUUCCAGCAAGUUUGCAAGAAGAUCCUCUCUCGUCUUUUCCGUGUUUUUGUCCAUGUAUACAUCCACCACUUUGAUCGAAUCGGCUUUAUGGGAGCAGAAGCGCACGUUAAUACUUGUUACAAACAUUUUUACUACUUUGUUAAAGAGUUCAAUCUUAUAGACGACAAAGAAUUAGUACCCCUGAAGGAGAUGACCAUGAGAAUGUGCCAUUGAAAACCGUCAACUGAUCGAUUACAGAAGAGGCUGUUCCAGAUACAUUGUUGUUGAAAUGGAUUAUUUUAGCAGAAAAAACUUGAAAGGAAGAUGUUGGUCCUAUUUCAAAUGAUCAUUGAUGUUGAAAUGUGAAAGAUUAAAACACCUGAUGUGGAAUUUUCUGUUGCCGUAGGCAACUACAAUGAUUAAAGAAAAUUCUAUUGGGUACUGAGGCAUCUAGCUGGGACAGUUAAUUGCUUAUGUUUCAUUACCACUGCAAAUGACAUGAUUCUGUAGCUGGAAUGGUGCAAAAAAUGAAGAGAGCAUUUUUAUGAUAAAUAUUCUGCUUGAUAUAAAAUUCGUGGAUAUUUUAUGCAUUUUAUUGUAUGUGAAGCGCUUUUGAAUGUUUCUGAUAAAUUUGAUAAAGCACUAUAAAAGACAAAAUGAUGCAAGUACUUUCCAUGGUCAGAAAAAUGAACAGUUCAUCUAUUAUGUUUACUUGCAUGGUAAUUCUAGCUGACAUUACAGGGUUUGGCUGGUGCCAAAAUCCUCUAAAACAGUUUGCAACAUUCCUCACAUAUUUAAUUCAGUUGUUUUUCUUUGACAGGAAUACCAAACAUUCUUUUCAAAAUAUAUUUCCUGUAAUGGUACAGUCUCACAGUGCUCUAUAUGGCACAAGUUCUCCGAAAAUAAAUUUCAUCCUGAAUGGUACAUAGAAUAUUUGCAUAUUUGGUUGUUCCAACUGAAAGAAAACAGUUUUCUGACUUUUUUUAAAUAUUUAAAGAAGAACGAUAUACUUUUUUACUAUAUUUCUUUAAGAUUUUAGAGUAAAUGAAUGCUAUAAUACAGUAUAGUUUUGCAGUUCCAGGGGGCAUCUGUGGUGAAAGUAAGUUCUUUAAAUUUAUAUCACACUUUUCUUUGUUAUAUCAUGUGCUUUGAUUCCUAACUUUGUUAUUUUUGCUUUUGAUUCUGUGAUGAGAAUUUCUGCUUAUAAGAUUAAAGUAUAAUGUUAUUAAAACAUCUUAACUUCUGUUUUCUCAUU